AAAUUAAUGAUUUAGAUCUUUCAAAGUUUGGGUCGAAGCCAGACGUGUAGUCAUUCUGGGCAUUACAAUAGUUCAUUUUGUCACCAAACUUGUCCUCACUCUUUCAUCCCAAAAAUUAAAAAUAAGUUUCCAAAAAAAAAAAACAUCUCUUUUCACUCCUAUAAAAAUGCCUCAAAUAGCCAGCCACCUCCAUUUUACUCCAACACUCCACGAAUCUCUCUCUCUCUCUCUCUCAUGGCACAACAUUGACAUACACAUAUAUAUCAUCAGUCAUCAUCGUAUCUAAACCUAAUCAAUAAAGCUUGAUUUCUGGAAAGGCAUGGCAAGAAGCAAAGGAAUCAGGUUAGGACGCAAGCUGGGGAGGCUCUUCAAAUGGCGCAAACGGCCGGCGUCCAUCUCGAAGCUCCUCUGCAAGUGGGCCCAGCCGUUCCGGCGCCUCUGCCCCGGCAAAAGGGAUUCCGAUUACAUCCGGUUGGGCGGAGGGGCGGUGAUGCCGCCCAAGGGGCAUCUGGCGGUGUACGUGGGCGAGAAGGAGGGUAGCGUUUCCCGGGUGGUCGUGCCCGUUUUAUAUUUCAACCACCCGCUGUUCGGGUCGCUGCUCCGCCAGGCCGAGAAGGUUUACGGGUUCGAUCAUCCGGGUGGGAUCCAGAUACCCUGCCCCGUAUCCGAGUUAGAGAGAGUUCAGAUGAAGAUCGCCGCCGCCGCUCCUCCCAGAUUGUUCCACCACCGUGACCUUUUUUUGUGAGAUCGCGCCUCGCCUGCCUUCACUUCAUCAACAAUUUCUUUUUCUUUUUCUUAUUUAGCAUUACUGAUUUCCUUGUAUAAAUUCUCAUUUGGACUGUCAAAAUGAUAACUUUUUGUAGAUUAUAUUUUUGUUAAUUAUACAGCAACGUACAAA